UUUUUCUAAAGGGGCGUAUUUUUCAAGCCAUCUUGACUGAAUAUUUAGCCUCAUCCAAGGUACAUUAAUUUGAUAUCUUCGGAUUUUUUCUGCCCAGAACCUUCUCACUAUUAUCAUAUCAAAGGUUUAACUCCAAGCAAUGAAACCAGAUCGAAUUCGUUUGAUCAACCGAAACCGCGGCGUAGAGGUGAAGCGUUGAAGAUGACGCUGUCGCUCCUGAAAUUACCGGCUAGCUAAGCUAACGGCUAGCAUGUCCGCCUUGGUUGGAGUCUGUCACUAGCUGACAUUUAGCCAGGUGCAGUUUUUCUGUUCGGGAUUCACACUGUAGAGGACGGCUUGUCAAGGAAGCGGGUAAAGCCCCAUGCGGAAGGUGCGAAGGUGGGAAUGCAAGAGAGUUGUUAAAGGACAUAACAUGGGACGGGGUCGAGGCAGAGGUAGAGGAAGGGGCAGGUCUGGUCAGCCACGGCCCCCCUCACCUUACAGACUACAGCUCUCUCCAUCCAGGGAGACUUUGACAUAUGCUCAGGCCCAGAAAAUAGUGGAAGUAGACCUAGAUGGAAGGCUCCAUCGAAUUAACAUUACAGAUCCUCUGCCAGUUAUUACAGAGGAUGAGAUGAUGGCUCAGGACAUUGCUGAGUGCAACAGCAACAAAGAGAACAGCGAGCAAACACAGAGCAAAAGCAAAUCAUGUCGGAAACCUUCGAACAGUAAAAGCAGAAGGAGUAGUAAAAAUACAUCUCACCAGAACCAACGAUCUGGCUCGCAGCAACACACAGGAUCAAAUUAUUCCUUCCAGCACCCAUCUCACCAAAGCCCUCUGCCUGAGCCCACCUUCCGUGUGUUGAGUUCAUCUUCCCCGUCAGAGGCACCCCCUCUUCCAGCAGCCUAUUACCGUUACAUAGAAAAGUCUGGGGAGGAGCAGGACACCCUAGCUGAGUAUGACAUGGACGAGGAGGACCUGGCCUGGCUGGAGAUGGUGAACCAAAAGAGGGUGUCUGAUGGCCAUGCGUCUGUAUCUCCGGACACUUUUGAGCUUCUGAUUGACCGCCUGGAGAGGGAGUCCAUCUUAGAAUCCCGCAACCAGGCUCUAUCUCAGAGUGCUGUAGACGAGGAUGCCUUCUGCUGUGUCUGUUUGGAUGAUGAAUGUCUGAACAGUAACGUCAUCUUGUUCUGUGACAUCUGUAACCUGGCCGUCCACCAGGAGUGCUACGGCGUGCCCUACGUACCUGAAGGCCAGUGGCUAUGCCGCUGCUGCCUGCAGUCCCCCUCCCGCCCUGUAGACUGUGUGCUCUGCCCCAACCGAGGAGGUGCCUUCAAACAGACGAGUGACGGACGGUGGGCUCAUGUUGUCUGUGCCAUAUGGAUUCCUGAGGUUUGCUUUGCUAACACGGUGUUCUUGGAGCCUGUUGAGGGAGUCAAGAAUAUUCCUCCCGCUCGCUGGAAGCUUACCUGCUAUCUGUGUAAGCAGAAAGGCAGGGGGGCAUCCAUUCAGUGCCACAAAGCCAACUGUUACAGAGCUUUUCACGUCACCUGCGCCCAGAAGGCCGGUUUGUUUAUGAAGAUAGACCCAGUCCGAGAGACUGGUGCUAAUGGCACCACCUUCUCUGUGAAGAAGACUGCAUUCUGUGAGCAUCACUCUCCUGUCGGGUCUCGGAGGGACGGCUCCGGAGAUGAGUCAGUGGAAGGAAGGCUGGUGGGAGGGAGGGGUAAUCGGGGUCAGAGAUCAUAUACUCAAAGCCCUCCCUCACCCACUAACAAGAAGGCAACCAAAGGCCAGAAAAAGAAGAAUACAAAAGGGUCGGGGUCGGCACGUCGCUCAACUGUUCCUGUCCUUCUUGUACCUCAGAUCCCCUCUCACAGGCUGAACAAGAUCUGCACAGGAGUUGAAGUCCAGAGGAAAAAUCAGUUCAUGCAGAGGCUUCAUAACUACUGGUUACUGAAACGACAGUCCCGAAAUGGCAUGCCUUUAAUACGUAGACUUCAUUCUCACCUACAGGCUCACAGGACUGCAGAGCAGAGGGAGCCUGACGAGAAGCUGAGUGCUGCAAGAGAGGAGCUACGAUACUGGCAGAAGUUGAGACAAGACCUGGAAAGAGCCCGACUUUUGGUGGAACUCAUCCGCAAGAGAGAGAGGCUAAAGAGAGAACAGAUGAAAAUCCAGCAGGCUGCCCUUGAACUGAAGCUGACCCCUGCAUUGGUGCUUCUGCGAACUACCUUAGACCAGCUACAGGAGAAAGACACAGCCAAAAUCUUCUCUCAGCCUGUCAAUCUGUCAGAGGUCCCAGAUUACCUGGAGUUUAUAUCCCAACCCAUGGACUUAUCCACCAUGCGUGCCAAACUGGAGGGACAUGCCUAUUGCUCCAUUGCAGAUUUGGAGAAGGACUUUGAGCUCAUGAUCUCCAACUGCCUCAAGUACAACUCAAAGGACACAAUGUUCCACAAAGCAGCAUUACAACUACGGGAGGUGGGGGGAGCCGUUCUCCGUCACGCUCACAGACAGUCCCAGAGCAUUGGCCUGGACCCCAGUACUGGCAUGCACCUCCCAGAGGCUCCGAACAAACAUGGUUUCUACCACUGUACGUGGGAUGAGGUGGAUUCUCUUCUGGAUCCAGAAAACAGACUGCACUUAACCACAGAUGAGCAGCUCAAGGCCUUAUUGGAUAAACUGGACAUGGUCACUUCCAUGCGCACCAGCGGUGGUCGCACCAAGCGCAUCAGACUGCUGCGCAGAGAGAUUAAUGCUCUGAGACAGAAGAUGAACCAGCAGCAGCAAAAUGCUCCAUCUGUGAACGGCAAUGACAGGGAGGAUGAAGGACACGAUGAAGAGGAGGAGGUACAGGAAGAAGAGAAGAAAGAAAAGAAAAAGGAGAAGGCAAAUGUUGAUAAUGGGCCUUUGACUGCAGUGUUAAACUCUGAGACAGAUGACCCUCCACCUGUUUUAGAGCUUACCUGUCCAGUAUCAUCACCCCUGCCAGGAGAUGCCCCUUUGGAGCCCCCCAUCCUGGGCAUAGUAACAGGAGGAAGGAGGUCACCAGGACGUUCCUACAAGCGUCAGAGGUCAUCCCGCAGUGGAAGCAAAAGCCAAGGUGAAGAAGAAGCAGAAAUUGGAGAAACGCCAUCUUCUCAACCAGAGGCCGUCCACGAGGUUACACCACUUGGCUCACCCCCACCUCUGCCUCUGGUCGGAGUUGGCCGGCGCACAUCUGUUUUGUUUAAGAAAGCUAAAAAUGGGACUCGAUUGGCAAAAAAUAAGUCGCCCCCACAGCAGAAUGGGAACCCCACUGACGGUAAAACCAAUGGGUUGGAUAUCACUCCACCUAGCCCAAAUUUUACCCGUGUUAACAACAUCACUACCUUACCUCCUACUCCAAAUGCAUCUCCUGCACCGUUUUCUCCUUCCCCACAUCACCUGAGAUCCAGAGGCCCCAGCUCAGAGAGCGAAACCGACAAACCACUCCCAACACCCAAAGAAGAAGGUCUGACAAAUGGAAAGCACACCUCUACAGACCAGGAUGAUGAUGAUGAUGAUGACGACCCCAACCUAACUGUCUCCCCUCCCAAACGUAGUCGGGGUAAACCAGCUUUGGCUAAAGUUCCUAACAAAGAGAAUGGAGACAUCUCUGGGUCAGGAAAGUCUACACUUCUCACUUUAGACAGCGAGACUGAACUUUCACCAUUGGAUCUAGUUUGGGCCAAAUGUAGAGGAUAUCCUUCCUACCCAGCAAUGAUUGUUGAUCCAGACAUGCCUCAGGAAGGACUCCUUCACAAUGGUAUCCCCAUCCCAGUGCCUCCCGUGGAGGUGCUUAAACUGGGUGAAUGGAGAGAAACGGAGGAAGGAGAAAAACUCUUCUUAGUUCUCUUCUUUGACACUAAAAGAACUUGGCAAUGGCUCCCUCGCAACAAACUUAUGCCUCUAGGGAUGGAUGACACUGUAGACAAGCUUCGCCUGAUGGAAGGCAAGAAACCGAGCGUACGCAAGUCUGUACACACUGCAUAUGACCGGGCCAUGGUGCAUUUAAAUCACGUGAGAGGAAAUCUUAACUUUACUCCCUCCAAUUUUAUAUAAAUUUAAAUUUAAAUUAUUUAAAAGAUUUUUAACAGCCUACACAAGAAACCUGGUUGUAUGUAUAGAAGCUUCAUCAAUGCUCUUAAAAAUGUGGGAAAGUAAAAGAAACUUUUGAAAAUUGUUGUGCUGUUUUUUUAAAAUGGAGUGGGGGGAAAAAGUGCUCAAUGACUUUUGUAGAUCCAUUUGUUAUGUUAUUCGUGCAACUUUUUUUUUAAAGUUCUACAAAACCACUGUUUGCUAUGUGUUCAAAUAAAGUUUUUAUUUUAGGCCAAAGUGGGUCAAGACUUGAUUGAGAGAGAUGUAAAUGUUUAUUUGUCAAAGGGAUUGUGCUAAAUAGAAAUAUAUGAGAUUGUAUUGAAAUGUCACUGUAUGUAAUGAAGUGUUAAAGUCCCACUUUUAACACUCGCGUCAUAUCUGGACUCUAUAGAGAUCAGCUGGACAGCUGUGGAUAAAAAAAAAAGACGAUUGUUAGUGUGCUCUGCUUUAAUUAAGCUAAUUGCAGUUGUAUUUAUUUUUGAAUGACUUCAAAAACAAAUCCUUUUAAGUCCCACAUUGAAAAACUGGAUCUUAUUAAAACAUCUUAUUAAAAAUGCAUUUGACAAAUGACAUGUCUCUGCAUUUGAUUCCAGGAGUACUUUAUAGCUUUAUUCUGAGAAUCACUUGGCAGAAAGGAACAGAUGAAACUUUUACAUGGCUUCCAGCACACAGUCUUGAACUUUUAGUCCAGCUAUGACGUAUUGUUGGUGAGACUUUAAAGGUGUUAGCUUAUUUUUCCAUAUUGUGAAACUUUAUUAUAGUAGAGCAGAGCGACUCAGUUUGGUCCUACAAGGACUGCAGUGCUGCAGGUUUUCAGUGUUUCCCUGCUCCAACAUACCUGACUCAAGUUAAAUGGAUCCAAAAACUUUUGUUCUACACAAUGACUCAUUAAUUUGAGCCAGGUGUAAUGAAGCAGGAAAAUAUUGAAAACCUGCAGGACUGCGGCCCUCAUAGGACCCAACUGAGUAGCUCUGUGAUGGGGUGGGCGGUGUGCUAUCUGGUCUGUAAGAUUUGAAACCACCACAGAGGUAAAGCAGACAAAUCUACAGCAUUAACUCACUGAAGAACUUAUAAGUUUGUCAGCCUCACUGUAAAAGACUUGAAAAGCACAAAUGGUCUGGUUUAAAAGAACAUGGAUUGAGUGACUCCUGGAGCCAUAUACAUGGCCUAGCGUGUGUUUGUGUACAGCUUAUACAUGUAUGUAUACAACCUCAGUGUAGUAAAAGUGCAUGUGUAUAGUUUUGUAAAUAUGUAAAUGUAUGUUUAUAGUCGCUUACAUGAAGUAAUUUAAGGAAUGCAAAAUCAAAUAGAUUUUAAUUUAUAAUUUGUGGCAGUCAAGAGUGUUAUUUAAAAAAGAUAAAAAUAUUGAAAAGAUUUAUGUAUGAUGCUAAAUAGGUCUUUGUGAUAGUGAUGGUAUUCACAACAUGUUGACAGAACAUAUUCUCUACAAGUGAGGUGGCACAAGACCUUAACUCUGUAGGCAGCAGUGUCUGAACAGGCCUACAGUUUUUUUUCUUUUCUUCUUUCCCGUUGGCGGUACAGGAGAUUUAUGAUCUUGUCAUUUAAAAUGUACUGCAAGAUCUUUAGUCUGCCUGAGACAAUAUUUUCUCACUCAAGAAUAAAUGCUGUUUGAAACAA